AUGUCACAAGAACAACACCCCCAACAAUUCCUCCCAGACAUGGGAGAGAGCCCAUACCUUGCUGAGAUGCCUGCCCCUAACCCUAAACGACGUCUCAAUGCCACGCCUUGGUCGACAUCAUUUGAAUGCGACCUAAUUGACACCAGCAAUGGCGUCUUUACACAUGAAGACCUACGACUCCUCGCAAAUGUCAAUUGCUCCCAUCUCUCAUCCGGCACAGCUCCCACGCUGCUAUCUCUGAAGCAACAUGCACAGAGCCUGGCUAUUCUAAUCAAAAAGAUAUCCGUUUCCACUGGCCCAGUAUUCAUUGGGGAUGGCACCCUGACUGUUGAGAAUGAAGCGUUCGACUGGCUGGCGGACCUCAGCAAGCCCUACGAGAACAUCGACAAAUACCACAACCUCCCUCUACGGGCCCUACAGAACCAAAUCGCGAGCGAAGACGAGAUGCUGGGCGUCACCCACCACUGCCCUUUGACCAUAAGAAAGAACCUUGGCGGCUAUGCAAGAGGUCGAGUGAGACUACCGCCCUACGAGUCGGGCCACGGACUUCUCAUGCACGCAAACGAGUGUCUUGAGCUGCUCGAUGACGACUUUGGCGAGACGGGCGGGCUGAUCUCCAUGCUCCCGUUCAGCAGUGGUGCCGAUUCGGAGCAGAUGGCGUGUGCCAGGAACACACUGACCGGGCAGUGGUUAAUUCAUCACCAACACCUCACGUUGCGACAGCGCGAGCUCGAGUGCGACUUGGCCAAUUUGACCGACAUCCUAGCCAAGGAAGCCAGCAUACCGCGCCAGAUCUUACACUAUCCCCCAGAGGAACACGACCGGAGAACGAAGCGACAAGACCGGUACAUCCUCACCAACAUCGGGGACGACGUGACUGACCUUAUCCACGAGCAUCUCGAUAAGAGAGAGGCAGAGGAGCAGAGACACCUGAGGCUAUGUGAAGCUCGCGGCGUCCAUACGAAGGGGCACGACCAGGGCAUAAUCCAACUGGAUGUUGUCUCAAGAGUGUCCCGAAUCAAGGGACACGGAAAAGAGUCCCCAAUUUUCAUACUCCCCUGCUCGGAGGAGCAUCCGGGUGUCCUGGCCACGCGUGAAGCGGAGAGAAAGGCUCCCGAGAUACGUCUGGUAGCACGGAAACCGGACAAGGAGGCAAAAAGGCGACAGGUCUUUGAAGCGGAAGUGGCGGCUGAAACCGCGAGGGAGCUGGAAAGGGUGCGUCGCGAACACGUUGUACUACGACAUCUUUAUGAGCAGCAAUUAGCUUUGAUGGUGGGAAUGGGGAACGGACCAGAUGAGGGCAAGAAACGUAAAAGGGUAGAAGAUGGAGGCUCGGGAAAUACUGAGAGAACACCAUGA